AGAGGCUACGGGGUUCGCAGCGGAAGGCCGCGGGUGCGCACUUCCGGUCUUUGUGGCUGGCCCCUCGGGUCUGCAGCUUGGGCCCUGGCGGCUCCUAGGCUUCGCGAUUCAUUUACGAGCAGAAAUGUUUUCAGCCUAAGGCCGACUCCGGACAGAGCCAUAUAAUAUGUGCUCCAGUGUUGGUUGAAGAAAUUCAGUAAAUACCAGUUGCGACCAAAUGGAAAGAAGAAAUUAUUCAAAGAAAUUCUCAACCACAGAACCCAGUUGUACUGAGCUUUUUGCUAAGCUGUUUCAGCCCAGAAUGGCUGAAGAUUCCAGUGUAAUUUCAGCCCUGAUACCUCAGGAUCAUCCGGAACAAGGAGUAAUACUAGUGAAAAUAGAAGAUAGCUUUUCCUGGGGUCCAAAAUUUAAACAGAAUGGGGAUACUCAAUCCUGCCAAGAACUAUUUCGACAGCAAUUCAGAAAGUUUUGCUACCACGAGACACCUGGGCCCCGGGAGGCCCUGUGCCGACUCCAGGAGCUGUGCUAUCAGUGGUUAAUGCCAGAGUUGCACACAAAGGAGCAGAUCCUAGAACUCCUGGUGCUGGAACAGUUCCUGAGCAUCCUGCCUGAGGAGCUGCAGAUCUGGGUUCAGCAGCAGAGUCCAAGAAGUGGUGAGGAAGCUGUGAACCUGUUGGAGGAUUUGGAGAGAGAGUUUGAUGAUCCAGGGCAGCAGGUCCCAACUAAUCCUCAGGGACCAGCAGUGCCAUGGAAGGAUUUGACUUUUCUUAGAACCUCCCAAGAAUCAACAAACAUCCAACUCCAGCCUUUAAAGACACAGCUGAAAUCCUGGAAACCUUGCCUUUCACCUAGAAGUGAUUGUGAGAACAGUGAGACAGCAGCAGAGGAGAACAUUUCAGGAGAAAAACCAGAGGAGCUCUCUCAGGAAUCUUCAUUUGGAGGAAUUGGUGAGCAUGAAAGCAACUUAGAGUGGCAGCAAAGAAGUGCUACUGGGGAGAAAUUAAGAAGAUCCCCUCCCCACGGAAACAGUUUUAGGCAAGUGAUCGUCACACACAAAUCUUUAGGAAAGAGAGACCAUCUUGAUGAACCUCAAAGAUGCCUUAUUUUAAGUACAAACUCUGUAACAAGUCAGAAAGUUGCUACAGAAGACAGACCUUAUAGAUGUGAUACAUGUGGCCACAGCUUCAAGCAGCAUUCUUCUCUUACACAACAUCAGAGAAUCCAUACCGGAGAAAAGCCCUAUAAAUGUAACCAGUGUGGGAAGGCCUUUAGUUUAAGGUCAUAUCUUAUUAUUCAUCAAAGAAUCCACAGUGGUGAGAAAGCAUAUGAAUGUAGUGAAUGUGGAAAAGCCUUCAAUCAGAGCUCAGCCCUCAUUAGACAUCGGAAAAUUCAUACUGGUGAAAAAUCUUGCAAAUGUAAUGAGUGUGGCAAAGCAUUCAGUCAAAGUUCAUAUCUCAUUAUACAUCAAAGAAUACACACUGGUGAGAAACCCUAUGAAUGUAAUGAGUGUGGAAAAACCUUUAGUCAGAGCUCAAAGCUUAUUAGACAUCAACGAAUUCAUACAGGAGAGCGACCCUAUGAAUGUAAUGAAUGUGGGAAAGCUUUCAGGCAGAGUUCAGAGCUGAUUACCCAUCAGAGAAUACAUAGUGGAGAGAAGCCUUAUGAAUGUAAUGAAUGUGGAAAGGCCUUCAGUCUAAGCUCGAACCUCAUCAGACAUCAGAGAAUUCACAGUGGAGAGGAACCUUACCAGUGUAAUGAAUGUGGCAAAACCUUCAAAAGGAGGUCAGCCCUUGUCCAGCAUCAGAGAAUCCAUUCUGGGGAUGAAGCUUAUAUAUGUAAUGAAUGUGGGAAGGCUUUCAGGCACAAAUCAGUCCUUGUUCGCCACCAGAGAGUCCACACUGGUGAGAAACCCUAUGAAUGUGAUAAAUGUGGAAAGGCCUUUAGAAUGAGCUCAGCCCUGGUUCUGCAUCAGAGAAUUCAUACUGGGGAAAAACCCUAUCCCUGUAAUUGGUGUGUUAAAAGUUUUAGUCGGAGCUCAGACCUUAUUAAACAUCAAAGAGUCCACACUGGUGAAAAACCUUAUAAGUGUGAUGAAUGUGGGAAAGCCUUCAGUCAGAGCUCAGAUCUUAUUAUACACCAGAGGAUCCAUACAGGAGAAAAGCCCUAUCAAUGCAGUCAUUGUAGUAAAAGUUUUAGCCAGCGCUCAGACCUGGUUAAGCAUCAGAGAAUCCACACUGGAGAGAAGCCUUAUACAUGUAAUCAGUGUAACAAACAUUUUAGUCAGAGUUCUGAUGUUAUAAAACAUCAACGAAUUCACACUGGGGAGAAACCAUAUAAGUGUGAUGUGUGUGGGAAAGCCUUUAGUCAGAGCUCGGAUCUUAUUUUACAUCAGAGAAUCCACACUGGAGAGAAGCCAUAUCCAUGUAAUCAGUGCAGCAAAAGUUUUAGUCAGAACUCAGACCUUAUUAAACAUCGAAGGAUUCACACGGGAGAGAAACCUUAUAAAUGUAAUGAAUGUGGAAAGGCUUUUAAUCAGAGCUCUGUCCUUAUUCUGCAUCAAAGAAUUCACACUGGAGAGAAACCCUAUACAUGUAAUCAAUGUAGCAAAACCUUCAGUAGGCUGUCAGAUCUUAUUAAUCACCAACGAAUUCACACUGGAGAGAAACCUUACCCUUGCAAUCAGUGCAAUAAAAUGUUUAGUCGAAGGUCUGAUCUUGUGAAACAUCAUAGAAUUCAUACAGGUGAAAAACCGUAUGAGUGCGAGGAGUGUGGAAAAACCUUUAGUCAGAGCUCCAACCUUAUUCUACACCAGCGAAUCCACACUGGAGAAAAACCUUACCCAUGUACCAACUGUGCUAAAAGUUUUAGUCGGCGUUCAGAUCUCGUAAAGCAUCAAAGAACACACACCGGAGAGAAACCAUAUAUGUGUGAUCUGUGCAAUAAAAGUUUCAGUCAAAGCUCAGACCUCACUAAACAUCAGAGAGUGCACUCAGGUGAAAAGCCCUAUCAUUGUAAUAGUUGUGAGAAAGCCUUCAGUCAGAGUUCUGACCUUAUUCUGCAUCAGAGAAUUCACACUGGAGAAAAACCAUACCCAUGCACACAGUGCAACAGAAGUUUCAGUCAGAACUCAGACCUUACCAAACACCAGAGAAUCCACACUGGAGAAAAGCCAUAUAAAUGUAGUGAGUGUGGGAAGGCUUUUAGUCAGUGCUCAGCUCUUAUCUUACAUCAGAGAAUCCACACUGGGGAGAAACCCUAUUCAUGUGAUCAGUGUGGCAAAAACUUUAGUCGUCGCUCUGAUCUCAAUAAUCAUCAAAGAAUCCAUACUGGUGAAAAGCCAUAUAAAUGUGAUAUUUGUGGGAAAACCUUCAGCACGGACACAGGUUUUACUGAACACCAGAGAAUCCACACAAGGGAGAAGUCCUACCAGUGUGUUCAGUGCAGCAAAAAUUUUAGCCAACUCUCUGAUAUUAUUAAUCAUGAGAAACUCCAUUCUAGGGAAGACAGUUUAAAUGCGAUGAAUGUGGAAAAACCUUUAGCAUAUACACCAGCUUUAUUCAGUACUGGAGAUACCAUGCCAGAACAAUCCUAUGAAUGCUAUUGAUGGACACAAACAGUUUUAAUCAGUGUUCAACAUUUAUGCUACAUUAUUUUAGAAAGCUUCUAGGGGGAAAAUUAGUUCAAUUCUUAUAGUGAAAAUUUAGCUCAGAUCUCAGACAUUACUAAAAUCAAAAUUUCCAAGGAGUUCUGGGAGUUGUGGGAAAACCUUCAAUGUGAAUAAAAUUUUUACAGAAUGUCAGUAAUCAACUAUAAAAAGAAGUUCCUAUGUGUUAAAAUUUAAGGAAAGCUCUAGUCUUUUAUUCAGAUAUAAUUCACAAAGGAAUUUACCUCUAAAAAAUGUUUAAUAAGAUUAGGACAAAAUUUAUGUAUUUUAAAAAUCAGUGUGGAGAGGUAUGCAUGCCAUCAAAACUCAGAAGGAAAUGAAUUAGCUUUAGAAUCUCAGACCUUUAGUGAAUCCAGAUUUCUAUCUGCAUAUCAGAAGUUAUUUUAGAGAAUGUAGGAAAAACUUAAAUCUCCAUAUCUUAAUCAGUAUUUACACUGAUUGAAUAUUUAUCCCCUGACUAAACUAGAGUCCUGUCUUAUGAUGAUGCUGGAUGUCUAUCUAUAAAUUUCUUAUGUGUAAACAUGCUGUGCCAUUCUGCUAUUAAACUUACUAGGUAACUCCAUUGCCCCCUUUCUUACUUUUUUUAAUGGUCUAGUUUUGUUUUUUUCCUAGUGAGCAUGAUUUUGUGCAAGUUCCUGUGGUGUACACAGCAAAUACUGAUUCAUUUCACGCUCAGUAAUGCAGUUCAUAAACUUUAUUGCUUUGAAAUUACAUCUUCACUACCAUUUAAUUACAGUUUCCAAAUAUGUGAAACAGAAUUUUUAAAAAAUUU